AUGGGUCGAGGGAAGAUAGAGAUCAAGAGGAUAGAGAAUCCAACCAGCAGGCAAGUCACAUUUUCUAAGAGAAGAGGAGGACUGCUAAAAAAGGCCCAAGAAUUGGCUAUUCUUUGCGAUGCAGAUAUUGCUCUUAUCAUCUUUUCCAGCACAGGCAAAUUGUUUGAGUUUGCCAGUUCUAGCAUGAAAAAUAUAUUGGAGAGGUACAACAAAUGCCCAGAAGGACCACAGUCUAGCUUGGUGGAAUAUGAUAAUGAUAAUCAAUUCCAGGAGGUUGCGAGGUUGAAACAUGAGGUCGAACAGUUGCAGUUAUGGCAAAAGCACAUGAUGGGUGAACAGAUUUCAAAUCUGAGCAUGAAAGAUCUGCAACAACUCGAACAUCAAAUGGAAGUAGGCAUGAGUCGGAUUAGGGCAAGAAAGGACCAGACUUUGUUGGAGCGUAUAGAUGAAAUUGAAAUAAAGCGCUUAGAGGAUAUUGAAAUAAAGGAGCAGGAGAAUAGAAAUUUGCGCAGACAAUUAGAAGAGGCACGCAAAAAUCCUUUGGGUACUGAACAACGUCCAACAGCUUUUCUUGAAUUUCAUCCCUUACAACGCAGAGAUUCUCCAAAACCACUCCUUGCUAGACCGUUGGCAGCUAAUAAUUCUAGCGUUGAGGAGUCAGAAACUUCGCAGACAUCAUUGCAUUUAGGGUAA